AUACAGUUCACACUACUUUGCUGCUGCUCCACCUUAGAGGACAGUUUCUAUUGAUGCACUUGGCAGACAAUCUGUGAGAAGUGCUUUGGGGUAAACACCAAGAUGGAAUUGUCUGCAACAACAGAGUACUACGAAUACGACUCAACCAAUGGAAGCCUGUGCAACACCAUUGAUAUAAAUGAGUUCUCCAGAAGUUUUCUACCACCCUUCUACUACAUCAUCUUUGUUGUUAGCGUACUUGGCAAUGGAGCAGUGCUGCUCGUCAUGUACAAGUUUGAAAAGCUCAACACGGUCACAAAUAUAUUUCUCAUCAACCUGGUUGCAUCCAACAUUAUUUUUACCAUCACGCUCCCAUUUCAAGCUGUCUACCAUUCCCACGAGUGGAUCUUUGGUGAGGCUCUUUGCAAGUUGGUGAAUAGUGCUUAUUUUAUCGGCUUCUAUAGCUCCAUCCUCUUCCUCACCCUCAUGACGUUUGAUCGCUACCUGGCUGUGGUCCAUUGUGUGGUGGCUAACAAACAGCGCAGUAGCUGCUAUGCUGUAGCACUGUCUAUAAUCGUCUGGAGCGUUAGUCUCAUCGCUAGCCUUGAUCCCUUCUUCCAUUUCUCUGUACAAGAGGACCAACUAAAUGGACUUUUGUGUGAAGAUUUCAGUGAGUCUCAAUGGAAGGUCUUUAGUCUCUACAAGCAAUUUAUUUUCUUUUUUAUCUUCCCAUUUGCUGUAUUUGUUUACUGCUACUUCAGGAUAAUACUAACAGUCAUGUACACUCGAAUGGUAAAGAAAUACAGGACAGUGAGACUAAUUUUCAUAACUGUCCUUAUGUUUUUUGCAUGCUGGAGCCCUUAUAAUAUUAUACUCAUGAUAUACGAGAACAAAGACCCAUACCCAUGUGAUGACAGCCUUGAUGAUUAUGCAAUACGCAUAACUAAUAACAUUGCCCGAUUAUACUUCUGUAUUAACACCGUUUUUUACACCUUCAUGGGAAGAAAGUUCCAGAAUCAUGUACGAAGACUGUUAGUGGAUCAAGUUCCAUGUUUAAUGAACUAUAUCACUGUCAGCUCAAGCAGCAGGUCGUUAGCUUAAAGAAGCUUGGCAAUUAUAAAUGAGAGGGUGAGAAUGACUGUACAGAGUGUUGUGGUUUCAUAGUGCUUUUAAAGUAAAAGUACAUGCAGUAGUACUGUACACGAAAAGGCAAAAUAUUUAUUCUGUAUGACAAACUAGAUAUACAGUAGUGUUCUUAAUUAUAAAGAAAUUUGUGAAUGUUGUUGCCUGGUGUUUAUUUGAUAAUGUUAAUAAAUGCUCAUAUUAAA